AUGAUCAGAAACACCGUAGCUUUUGUUGUUGCAGGAAGGGCACCCUCCUAUCGUACCCAUCCUUGCUCAAAAAUCAUCCUCGUCAGCCGAAGCUCGAUCUCCGGAACUCGUGGUCGUCGUAAUACAAGCUCCCAUCCAGUAGGCGCAGGUUCGAUGGAAGAAGAGGCCGCCCAGAUUCCUGAUGUUUCAGUAGUAGGCUCGGGGAUCACUAGGAUCCUGGGCCAGAACCCAGGCCCCUACACUCUCCAAGGUACCAACACUUACCUGAUUGCCGGCGAGAAAGCCAGUCUGUUGAUCGAUACCGGCGAGGGGAAGGAGUCCUAUGUGGACCUCCUCGAGCCCGUCCUCAGGUCGAACCCGCCGGUCUCAGAUAUCAUCCUGACCCAUCGCCAUCGAGACCAUGUGGCCGGAUUGUCUUCGGUCUUGAAGCUCAUCUCCUCCCUCGACCAUCCAUCUGGACCAAGCCCUAUGUCCCUUCGUCGAAUGCCCAAAGUCUGGAAAUUCCCAUCCGACGGGGCAACUUACGAUCUCGAUAUUCGACAGAGUAUCAUAGACGCCACCGAUCCUUCACAUCUCCAUCCUCAACCCGGCCCCUCAGACUCAUCCGAAAAAACACCGCCAUUGAAGAUCCUGUCCGAGCACCAAGAGUUCCCACUCUCGGCUCAUUCGAAGCUCCAGAUCUUGCACACUCCGGGGCACACCGAAGACUCGAUCAGUUGCUUGUUGUUUGAGGACCCAGAGCGGCGAACAGACUCAUCGAAGAAGCCUGAGAGCCUUUCGGCGAUCUUUGUGGGCGACACGAUCCUUGGUGGAAGCUCGACGAUCUUCGAAGACCUCAUCACUUACCUCCGCUCCUUACACAAACUCUUGCGCAUCUCGACCACCACUAAUCGCAUCUCCGACUCCCCCGUUCGACUCUUUCCUGGCCACGGCCCACUCAUCCAGAACGGCCCAGAUCUCAUUCAACGGAAUAUCGACCAUCGCUUGGCGCGCGAGAAACAGAUCUUGGAUUGUUUUCGUCUUCAUCCUUCCUCUCAGCCCUCUUCUGGUCACUCAUGUGUUUUGACCGCCGAAAAGUUGAUCGAACUCAUGUACCCCGUCGGGUUGCCCAAAGCCGUCUACCCCGCCGCACUUCGUGGAGUCCAUCAACACUUGCACAAGUUGAGAGCCGAGGGGCUCGUCGAUCGGUGGCCAUCCGACUCGACCGAUCAGCUCUGGCGUUUAACUGACAACAACACCAACAAAUCUACGUAGGUCCCUCUUUUAUCCGGUGUCGGGACCAUCAUGCCUUUUUGU